AUGGCUGUGGAAGAGAAAAAGGAGAAAUUGAAGAGUGAUAAGGAAGGGUGUGCAGAAUGUAAAAAGACCAACGCAUCGAAGUUUCCCUAUGGUGAAAGAUAUCACUCGGGGAUUCCACCAAACGUUACUGUGGACGAGUUGUGUUUUUAUAGAAAAAGAAGACCAGGUAUGUUAUUGAAUUUUCAUAAUGCAUGGUCGAAAGAUAACCUGAAAGUAGAUAAAGGAGAAUUUAAGUCACUCAAAUCGGAAUAUAAAAGAAGAUUUACAAACGUUUGGCAAGCAUUUAAUAAGUCAAUAAAAGAAGAACAGGAUAUUUCCAAAGUUGAGCCUUUGAAAUCAGAAACCUCGUUACACUUGGAAGGAUCGCAUGACUUUCAAUCUGAAUACAAUGAAUCAUUUACUAGACGGACCCUGGAAAGUUUGACGCAACCUUCUGCUGUUUCAGUACAAAUAAUGGCUGAUGGUGUUUCGACAAGUGAAGUACCAGCGCUAGACGCAAUUUCUCACAGUUACAAAGCGAGACGGCCAUUAUUAAAGAGGCCAACUAAUUUAAAACUCGAAGGAGAUUAUAUCCAUGUUACUGAACACGCUGAAAAGUUUAUCGAGUAUUUACUCUCAAGGCGGUCGGAAUUAUUAAAAACUCCCACAACGUUAAAAUUAGAAGGAGAUAUGGAGAUAAAGACUGAAACUAGGGAAAAAUUUGUUAAAUAUGACGAUUUUGAACGACCCACUCUCUGUAAAAAGUUAUCGAACUUACAUUUAGAAGGAGAUUAUGAGAUUCUAACCGAAAAACAAGAAAGGUACCCGCCUUAUGAAGUAAGCCGACGACCGCCUUUGACGAAAAAAUCGACAAAUUUACAUUUGGAAGGAGAUCUGUCUUUAAUUCCAGAGUACAGAAGUCAGUUUGUCGAAUAUAAAUCUUUAGAGAGGCCAAAAUUAGCUCUUCCUAACAACAAUUUAAAGAACGGAGGUAUAGUAGACAAUACAACAAGAGAAGCAAACUCCUUUGACAGAAAAAUGCACCCGUUGAUUCCCUUCCUGCGUGAACCAGACGGCAGAAGUCACGACUUUGUUGCUAGUCGAAGAACAUCUGCAAGAGAUUUGUAUUCGAAAGGUGAAAGGUUCAGCAAUUACGAUACAAGCAAAUCAGCAUCACAUCCUAAUCUAACUUACAUGUCACAUGCAGGCACUGGCAAUGCACAAGAAAACGGCACUGAUGUAAAGCCUGAGUAUAAAAGUUCCUAUGUAGAUUUUUAUAAACAAGGAAGAAUAUCGCCCAGCGUCAAAAUGAUGAGGCAGUCCGAACUGAAUUAUUUGAAGGGUGACAAUAAAAUGGAUGUACGACCGGAGUAUAGCAGUUCCUAUGUGAACUUCCCAAGACGAAGACCCCACGUGCCGAAGCCUGAAUCUCACCUUUCCAGUGAAGGAGAGACUUACCACAUCACUGAAAAAAGCGAAAAAUACUACCCACAUACUCACAUACCGAGAACCGAAACGUGUAAGAGGGAGCCAGAAUUAAAGCUAGAAGGACAUUUCGAAUGCCAACCCGAAUACAGAAAGGCAUACAUUGACUACUUAAUUAGGGAAAGGAAACCCCCUGCAUCUCGGAGAAGGGCCUUCGCGGUAGUGGAUACUAAUGGGGAUGCAUCCGAUUUGACUAAAGAUGACACAAGUGAAACAGAUACGGUUCGAGAAAACGAAGGGCUCACUCUACAAGUGCCCACCGGAUCAAAAUCAAACGCACAGGCUUCAGCUGCUUCUAAAGACUCCUCCUCUUACGCAUCUAGUAUCCGUUCGUCACCGAGAUUAUCGACAGGCGUUCAACGAAACAGAAAACUUUCGCAAAUCGAGACGAAGGUUUUCGGUCCAAAAACUAGGGAAUCCGUUACACCGUCACCAAUUUUACGGCACGGAAGGGAAAACCAGUUAAAACCGAUAAGAGAUUCCUCUCCUCGACCUUCAAAAGAACACUCACCAAGAUUUUCUACGACUAGGAAUUCAGACCUAAAUAAAGAAGUAUCUUCACCCGACGAUCGUAAGUGGAGCGCUUCUGUCGAAUCAGAUGCGGCUUUUCUGGUUUUGGACGAAAAAGUGCCCAGCAAGAGAGUAGCUGCCAAUAAUUUAUAUAAGGAACAGAAGUGGAUGCCUUCCUGGAAGUACUAA